AUCAUAACAUAACCUUCAAACAAAAACAAAACACAACACAUCGGAAUAAAUAAACGUCUGUAUUUUCUUCUGGAAGAAGUUAUUAAAAUUUGGAUGAAAAUGCCAGUUAGAAACCAAAUAUCCGAAUUUAUGCCUAUGGUUAUCGUAUUUUCAGACGAUGAGCUACCUUAUGAAGAAGAAAUACUGCGCAACCCCUAUUCGGUCAAACACUGGCUACGUUACAUUGACCACAAAAAACAAUCGCCGAACCUCAUCUACGAACGUGCCUUAAAACAGCUACCUGGCAGCUACAAGCUGUGGUACAACUACUUGCUCAUAAGACGUCAACAAGUCAAAAGCAAAUGCCUACUGGAUCCAGAUUUUGAGGCCGUUAACAAUUGUUUUGAACGCUCCCUGGUGUUCAUGCACAAAAUGCCCCGCAUCUGGAUGGAUUACUGUCAAUUUUUAACAGAUCAAAACAAGAUCACGCGCACGCGCAAAGUAUUUGAUAGGGCGCUGAGAGCGCUACCAGUAACACAGCACCAUCGGAUAUGGCCUUUGUAUUUGAAGUUUGUCUCUAAACAUGACAUUCCGGAAACUUCUGUAAGAGUUUUUAGGAGAUACUUGAAGUUGUUCCCAGAAAAUAGAGAAGAAUUUGUGGAAUUUUUGCAAAAAAUUGAUAGGUUAGAUGAAGCAAGUGUUAUUUUAGCUAAAUGUGUAAAUAAUGACAACUUUAUUAGUCGAAAUGGCAAGUCUAAGCAUCAAUUAUGGAACGAACUGUGCGAAUUAAUGUCAAAUAACCCACAAAAAAUUCUAACUUUAAAUGUGGACGCCAUUAUCAGGGGCGGCUUAAGACGUUACACGGACCAGCUAGGUCAUCUAUGGACCAGCUUGGCAAAUUAUUACGUCAGGAGCGGCCUGUUCGAUCGCGCCAGAGACAUUUUUGAGGAAGCCAUACAAACUGUUACAACCGUCAGAGAUUUUACACAAGUUUUUGAUGCAUAUGCUCAAUUUGAAGAGUUAAGCUUGAGCAAGCAAAUGGAAGAAGUGGCUAAAAUUGCUGAGCCAACUGACGACGACAAUGUUGACCUUGAAUUAAGGUUGGCGCGGUUUGAACACUUGAUGGAGAGGCGGCUACUGCUUUUGAACUCGGUUUUGUUGAGGCAAAAUCCGCAUAAUGUACAGGAAUGGCAUAAAAGAGUCCAACUGUAUGAUGGACAACCUCACGAAAUUAUCAAUACUUAUACAGAAGCUGUUCAAACGGUUCAGCCAAAGUUGGCCGUUGGUAAGCUUCACUCCCUCUGGAUCGCCUUUGCCAAAUUCUAUGAACAAAACUCACAGUGUGAAGAUGCCAGACUGAUUUUCGAAAAAGCCACUGAAGUAGAGUACAUCAAAGUAGACGAUUUGGCAACAGUGUGGUGCGAACGAGUUGAAUUAGAGAUCCGUCAGGAGAACUACGAGGAAGCUUUAAAACUGAUGUACCGUGCUACAGCAAUGCCCAAACGUAAAGUGGCCUACUUUGACGAGAAAGAAUCAGUGCAGGCCCGGCUUUAUAAAUCUUUAAAAAUAUGGGCAAUGUACGCAGACUUGGAGGAAAGUUUCGGUACAUUCAAAUCUUGCAAAGCUGUCUACGAUAGGAUUUUGGAUUUAAAAAUUGCAACGCCGCAGAUUAUUAUUAACUAUGGAAUGUUUUUGGAAGAGAACAACUAUUUUGAGGAGGCUUUUAGAGCGUAUGAAAAAGGGAUAUCGUUGUUCAAAUGGCCGAAUGUUUACGAUAUUUGGAAUACGUAUUUGACCAAAUUUCUAAAGAGAUACAAGGGGGACAAAAUCGAGAGGGCGAGGGACCUGUUCGAACAAUGCCUGGAAACUUGUCCAGAAGCCUACUGCAAAAACCUCUACUUACUCUAUGCCAAACUUGAGGAAGAUUACGGAAUGGCCCAUCAUGCAAUGGCAGUUUACGAACGUGCCACACAAGCUGUCUCACAAGAUUCCAUGCUGGAAAUUUUUAAUAUUUACAUCAAAAAGGCAUCGAGCAUUUACGGGAUACCAAAAACCAGGCAGAUAUAUGAAAAGGCUAUUUCUGUCUUACCAGAGAAGGACAUACGGGAUGUUUGUCUAAGAUUCGCCGAUAUGGAAACUAAAUUGGGAGAGAUUGACAGGGCCAGGGGUGUUUAUUCGCACUGUAGCCAGAUUUGCGAUCCUAGGAUUACAGGGGAAUUUUGGCAAACUUGGAAGGAGUUUGAAGUUAAACAUGGGAAUGAGGAGACUAUGAGAGAAAUGUUGAGAAUUAAGAGGAGCGUGCAGGCAACCUAUAAUACUCAGGUUAAUAUGAUGUCAGUCCAAAUGUUGGGAUCAUCCUCACCUCUAGGAACUACAGCCGAUUUAGCACCAGGCGAAAAGGAUGGAAUGCGACUGUUGGAAGUCAGAGCUGCCGAAAUGGCUUCUUCUUCAGGUGCUCAAAAAUCGGCGACCAGCGGUAUAAUGUUUGUUAGAGGCGAAACUCAAGGAGGUAAAAAGGAUAAAGUGGUUAAUCCAGACGAAAUCGAUAUCGAUGCCGACGGGGGUGAAGACGAAGAUGGGGAAGAUGAUGAGGAUCCUGAACCUUUAUUGGAACAAAUAGAGGUGCCUCAGGAAGUGUUUGGCAGUUUGAAAAAGCCUGAUUAAAGUAAAAUGUUAGUACAUUUUUGGCAUAAAAUAAAUAAAUAAUAAUUAUUUUUCAA